GCAAAUCAACGUAGUUCUCAUGGUUUGCGAUAAAAAAAAAAAUGAUAUUUUAAUGCAACGACAAUAACACUGAUGCUGUACAGUAUUUGAGUUGAUCUCCAUAUCAAUUUGUUACUGGAUGGUUAUCAAAAAUGUGUGUCUGGUUGUAGGGCGUUUGAAAUAGGACACCGCUGGUCAUUUAACGUUCUCGUACGCCGCGGAGGGAUACUCUUUUGGAACCGACAAUGUGGAGGCUGUUAAAAUGUCUACUCUGAAGAUGAAAUGGUUACAAUUGUAGCAACUAAAAGAAUCGCAUGAGAUAUCACACGAGUUAUGAUUCUAUUUUGAAACAUUGUUUCAUUUUCGUGAAGUGAAUUGUAUAGAAUUGGUAGAACACACGAUAUCGUCGUUCGGUCUUCGUCUACAGUCCGGAGCACGGAGAGGGAAUCUAUCCCCAACUUUAUGUUUUUCUAUCUACUCCAAGCGUUCAUUUUUUCCUGUUGGAUGCCACAUAAUUGAAUAGAGGUUACUGAAAGUCAGUUGCUGAGACUGUGAGGGCCUAAGGAACAGCAGCAGAGAAUGGCUACAGUGGGGACAGACAAGGAGCUUAGCGACCUGCUGGAUUUCAGCGCGAUGUUUGCACCGCCGGUGUUGAAUGGGAAGAACAGGCCCACCACUCUAGCCAGCAGCCAGUUCGGAGGCACCGGUAUGGAUGAGCGGAGUGGUUCUACCCCCUGGGCAUCAGGAGAACAGAACAGCCCUUCCUUCAACCAGGGACGGGGUUAUGGUGAAGGAACUCAUUACAAUGAGCAUGAAUGCCUGGCUUCCACCCCUAUGUUCGGCUCAGGGAUUGUGGGCAAAGCUGAGCGAGGACCCUACUCUUCUUUUGGAGCGCAGCCGGGCUUUAUGCCCAGUGAGAUGCCCAUGCCCACUCCUGAUGCCCUGUCCCCCUCGGGUCUGAAGUCAGGCUCCCAGUUCUACCCCUCCCAGUUCAACCCUCGCAGGAGACCCAUCCAGGAGAGCAUGGAUGCCCAGCCAAAAAAGAUCAGGAAAGUUCCCCCUGGCCUGCCCUCUUCGGUCUAUGCGUCGGCCUCAGGAGAGGACUAUAACAGAGAUGGUGCAGGGUAUCCUGCCUCCAAGCCUGGAAACGUGGGCUACCCCGGCUCCUUCUAUAUGCAAGAAGGUCUGCACCCCUCCCCUGAUCCGUGGAGUUCUGCCGGGCCGAUGGGGCAGCCGGGCUACUCUGCUGUGCUGGGUAACUCCCCUCACCUGGGGCAGCCCGCCCCCUUCACUGCCAUCAACCCCCAGGACAGACUGAAGCGCCAGCCGUUGCCACUCUCGCCCCAGAACUACCCCCUGCACGGCAGCGAGGUGAACGGGAGCUUUCACCCUGGGUCCACUGGCUACGGAGUCCCCAACCACACACCCCCCAUCAACGGAACAGAAACCAUCAUGGCCAACCGGGGGAUAGCUCCACCUAGCUCAGGAGAUGAGAUCGGCAAAGCCCUGGCAUCAAUUUAUCCUUCGGACCACAACAGCAACACCUUCCCUUCAUCUCCAUCUACUCCAGUAGGCUCUCCCCAGGCCAUAGCAGGUUCUGCCUCUCAGUGGUCCCGGGGCUCGGGACAGGCCACACCCUCUCCAAACUUGGAGGGAGGACUGCAGGCUCUGCAAAAUAAGAUGGAGGACCGUCUGGAGGAGGCAAUCCACGUGCUGCAGCGUCACGCUGGGGGACAGGGGGGCCCAGGGGGGCUGACUGACAUGCACAGCCUCCUUAGUGCUGGGAUAGGAGGUCUUGCCCAGGCCUUCAACAACGCUGGCCUGGGACUGGCCAACAGACUGCCCAGCCUGAUGUCCAACCACCAUGAAGACUCUGCUGGUCCGCCCUCUAGUGGUCACCAUGGCCCUCCCUCAGCCCAGCCUGGCAGCCAGCCUGAGGGCUUCACCAGCCUAUCUCGCUCCACACACUCGUCCAGUGGCGCCGACAUCAAAAGGGAGGACAAGGAGGAUGACGAGAACUCCUCCGUGGCUGACAAGUCAGAGGAGGAGAAGAAAGACUUGAAGGCCUGCACCCGAACCAGAGAGACGUUCUCCUUCCAGACCUUCUCUUCCUCCCUAUCAGACACGGGAGCAGACAGCAGCUGCAGCGUGGCCUCGCCCAGCGACGACAACCUGACGGCAGAGGAGAAGGAGAAGCGUGAGCGGGAGCGCCGCUCGGCCAACAACGUCCGGGAGAGGGUGCGCGUGCGCGACAUUAACGAGGCGUUCAGGGAGCUGGGUCGGAUGGUGCAGGUGCACCUGCGCGGCGACAAGGCCCAGACCAAACUCAUCAUCCUGCAGCAGGCCUCGCAGGUCAUUAUGGGCCUGGAGAAGCAGGUCCGAGAGCGUAACCUGAACCCCAAGGCAGCGUGUCUGAAGCGGAGGGAGGAAGAGAAGGUUUCGGGGGUGGACCCCCAGAUGCAGAUGGGAGGGGGGCAUCCCGGGUUAGGGGGCGAUGGACACAACUCUGUCAGCCAUAUGUAACACCCAGCUCCUGUUGAUUGUACAGCCCUUAGAAGACGUGGCCUUAUUGUCUUAUUAUGCAGCAAUCCACAAAGCUCUCCAUAUAGCACAUAUAGUGGAGAAGCUCAUUCUCAGACACACACACACCCAACUGGCCAAGCCAGUGGCCACAUUCCUGACCAUGAACACAAGAGCAACACACAUACACCCCUAUACACCAGAGAGAGUUUUGAAGAAUAUUUAGAGUAAAAACACCCUGAACUCCAAGGAGAGACUGGGCCACAGACAGAGGAAUUUUAAACGCAAUGAUUUUCUGCCUAAUGGUCAUGUUUUUGUAAGACAUUUUGAGAAGUUGCUUUACAUGUUGGGAGCAAAAUUUGUUUGGAUCAAAUAGUAUUUUUGGAUCAAUUGCUCAUGUGAGCAACAUAGGAUUUUGUGUCCUUUGGUAGUCAUCUGCCAUUCCCACCUGAAAAGGUCUUAGUUUAAUUACAAGCAAAGGUGACAUCAGAAUCUAACCUGUAUGAGUAACUAUGAGUCUGAUAUACAUGCAUAACGCCAAGGCUCGGGAGAGUUAGAAUCCUCGUCAUCCCCACAAUUUUUUUCUUCUCAAAAUGGCUGAAACACAGUAUAGUUUGAGGUAUCCAGCCACCCCACCAGAAUGUAAAAUACUCAACUGUCAUAGUGAUGAAUCGGCAGGCAGAGUGCUGUUAUAUAGCGCAAUGAUAAAAGAAACCCUAGCCAACUUUGGCCAUAUUUCUUUGUUUAUGCCUUCUCGUAAGGGCUGCCCAGACAAAGGCCCGUCUGAAGGAUUUGUAUGGUGGGUAUUUAUUUGAUCCAGGGAUCCUACAAGCCUUCCAUUUUUGUCCUCUUCAUCUGUUUGUCACCAUGGGUGGAGUGGAAGCACUCCCAGUGAGGAAGGUGUCCUCACCCACCAACACAUACAGAGACCCAGGACAGGACAGGACAGGACAGAUCAUGAUGACUCGCUACUAGCUGAAAACCACUUCCUGUUCACCUACUUUUCCACAGGAUCACACGGUCAUGGUCAUCUCAAGACUUCCUCACUCUGAUUUAGGGAGAUUGGACUGAAACAUGCAGGAAGUGUGUGUGUGCUCUGAACCAGAGCAAGCCUCUCCCCCUCCACUACUACUCCCUUACCCGUCUUUACCCCCCUGUUCUGCCUCCAUUUCAGCCAGGCCAUGUGGACGCAUGGUCAGUACCCUCGGCCCCAAACUCAGUCAACCACCUGCCUUCAUUUCUUUCUCUUCACCUUUGUGGAGCGAGUGUCAUCAGUUGGCAAGGCAAACCUACAUGUCCAGGUCAUGCGUACUUAAAGAUUUUAUGUACGACGUAAGGAAAUUUGUUUUUUAAAAGUAGACUACAGUUAUUUGGACGAGUAUGGAAGGAAUGGUUGUUGGACUUCAAGAGGGUUGGUUUUUGUUGGGUGGGUCCUGAAAUAUCAUGGCUAUCUUCCCUUGAAUGCGUUCAACUGCCAUCUACGGACAACAAUUUUUGUUCCUUAAAUUACAGGAAGCAUUGGGCGUUUUGAACAAUUUACAAAGCCUGUUUGUAAGGAUCCUCCUUUUUGUAGAAGUGAUUUGUUAUUUUAAUUUUAAUUUUUUUUUACUUUGUAAUAUAGCUGUAUGAGUUUUCUUUUGGAUUGCAUACUUUCUUUUUGUUUACGUUUGUUUACGUUGUUUAAAUGUAAGAACUCUCAUUUUAGAUGCCAGGAACAAACUUUAAGUGUAUCUCUUUUUCCAUCCCAAACGUAGUGAUCUCUUUUUUUUGAUGAUGACAAAAGCAUGAAGUGCCAGUUGCUAAGGGGUGAAAGUAGUAAACGCCAACACUCCUAAUAUGGCUAGAACAUCCACAAACUAUUUUGGAAGUACAGGUCAUUUGGAGAUAGUCUGUAUAAAUCAUUUAAACCAGUUACUACUUCAUACUCACUAUUAAAGGAAAAUGGAUAUGUCAAAGUAUUGGCAAGCCUUGUCACGCAAACAUUUAGAAGUACAAACUCUGAUAUUGUUGAAAAAGGAACAAUAUAUUAUGUUUUUCAUACAAGUUUCAUUUUAUAGCAAUCCCUUUCAGCUUGGCAGGUCUUUGACUUUGGUUAGUGGUUACUCACCAGGGCUGAAAACUUCACUGUGAUUGUCACUGCAUGCGUGGCUUUCCAAGAGAACCUUUUACAGAUUAAGAUUGACAUGGGAGGGAAGUGUUUCAGUACAUAUAAAAAUAUAAAGUCAUGUUUUUGACCCUUUUCCUCUGUUUCUGUUAGUGAUGGGCAUCCCUGAAUUUGUCAAACAACUGAGUCCACUUUGAUUUACUGAGCCCUAUUACCAGUUUCUAUAAUUGAAUGGAUGAGUGUUUCCAGACCUGUUAUCUUCCGUAUAAACCAUUGACGAUUUAGACACAAUACUCAUGUAGAAUAGAGUACCAUGUCCUUUCUUUUCUAUUUUUUAUUUGCAACGUUCUGAACUUUGUUUUCUACUAAAUAGGGCAGAGAUACAUUUUGUUUUCAUAUCGAAAAUCUGAAAUUGACAUGUUCAGUAUGUACCUGGCCAGUUGAUGUUAUAGUGAUCAACUAAACAGUAUUUUCCCCUGCAGAGUGAUACUGGAUUGCAACAGUAUUUUCUCAGUUUGGCCCAUUUGUCUUUAAUAAUAACCAUCCUCCAGAUUAGGGUUUAAACUGCCAUAGUUUUUUUCUGUCUCACAGAAGACAAAUUGUUUUGGGAUUUAUUACCAAAAAAAAUUGUCUGAAAAACUGAACAUUGAUGUUAUUUGUGUUAAUUUUUGUUAAUAUUAAACUGAGAAUGUUGAGUACAGUAUCCUUAACUUCCCUUGUCAAAACGCACAACUAGUAUUUUGCCAGGGGGUCUCAUGGUCUGCCAAUCUCUGCCCCCAUCAACAGACAGACACACUGCUACAAAACCCACUGUCGCUCUUACAUUGGGGACAGAAUCCAUUUAUGUCCUCAAAGUGCCUCCAGUUUCCUAUUUUUUAUAUAUAUAAAGUAGAUAUUGAGAACUGUCAUGUAUAUAACAGUAAUGUAGCAAUAAAUGUGCCAUUUUUAAUAACAGAAAUAUACCUUUUCAAUGUCUGUCAUUUUGAGCUUGUAUACCUAAAAUGAGAAGAAAAAAAACAUUGUAAUAAAGGGUUGAAAACA